UUUCAGGGCCCGCGGCUGCCCUGCGCCCCGCCUCCGCCCCUUACCUGGGCCCCGCAGGAGAUGGGUGCCCCCAUCGGCACACUGUCCUUUGGCCACCCGACAUCAUGCCUCCCAAGAAGGAUGUUCCCGUGAAGAAACCAGUGGGGCCCCCUGCUGCCUCCAAGCCUGCUGCUAAGCCCGCAGUGGGGCCCCCUCCAUCCAGGGUUGAGCUUCCACCACCUGUCCCUCUAAUCCUUGAGAAACCUGCGAAACCCCAGGAGCCCCCCAUCGAUCUCUCCAAAGUGGUGAUCGAGUUUAACAAGGACCAGCUGGAGGAGUUCAAGGAGGCCUUCGAACUGUAUGACCGAGUGGGGGAUGGCAAGAUCCAGUUCAGCCAGUGUGGGGACGUGAUGAGGGCUCUGGGCCAGAACCCCACCAACGCCGAGGUGCUCAGGGUCAUGGGAUACCCCAAGAGUGAUGAGCUGAAGUCCCGGCGUGUGGACUUUGAGACCUUCCUGCCCAUGCUCCAGGCUGUCGCCAAGAUGCCAGACCGAGGCUCAUACCAGGACUACCUGGAGGGGCUUCGAGUGUUUGACAAAGAACAGAACGGCAAAGUCAUGGGAGCUGAGCUCAGACAUGUCCUCACCACCCUGGGAGAGAGGAUGACUGAAGAGGAGGUGGAGUCUGUUUUGGCAGGGCACGAGGACAGCAGUGGCUGCAUCAACUAUGAAGCCUUCCUGAAGCACAUCCUAAGCGUCUGAGCAAUGCAGGUGCAGUGGGGUCGGACGCUGGGCCCCCACCAGGCAAAAGCACGUUCCUGCCGCUAGGAGGCUAUUGUUUCAAAAUAAAGAGACGUUUCCUCCCUUA